AUGAGAGGAGGAGAAGGAGAAAAAGAAGAGGAGGGGUUUGGUGAUGACGAUGAUGAUGAUGAUGAUGAGGAGGAGGAGGAGGAGGAGGAGGGAGAACGAGAGAGGAGCAACGGUAUCACCUCGGGAUCUAGUGCAGUGAGGCGAACAGCUGGAGAAGAAGAAGACGACAACAACAACAACAACGACGGUGACGAUGGUGAUAGUUGUGCUCCCACCUGGGGAAUGUAUUGCAAGUAUUCGAGCCCGGAGGAGGCAGGCGAGGAGGAGGUGAAGGCGAAGGUGGUGAUGGUGGUGAUGGUGGUGGUAGGCAGAUGGCAAGAUCGAUGA